AUGGGGAAAGACAGGAAAGUAGGAGUGGCGAUGGAUUUUUCCAAGAGCAGCAAGAUGGCACUUCAAUGGUCGAUUGACAAUUUGGCUGAUAAGGGCGACACCUUCAUCAUUCUCCAUGCCGCUUCUCAUCCCACUGAUGAGUCCCGCAAUCAACUCUGGUUGAAAUCUGGUUCCCCUCUUAUUCCGCUGGUGGAAUUCCGGGAGCCGGAGGUGAUGAAGAAGUAUGAUGUGCAGAUUGACAUCGAAGUUCUUGACAUGCUUGAUACUGCUGUUCGCCAGAAAGAGAUAACCGUGGUGUGGAAAUUAUACUGGGGUGACGCGAGAGAGAAGCUUUGCCAAUCUGCUGAAGAUUUGAAGCUGGAUUCCAUUGUCAUGGGAAGCAGGGGAUUGGGCUCCAUCAAGAGGAUCAUAUUGGGAAGCGUGACGGAUUACGUGAUCACUAACGCGUCGUGUCCAGUCACAGUUGUAAAGGAUCCAGAUUUUCACAAGCACUAA